AAAAAAAAAAAAAAAAGUACGAGGCCGGCCCUUGGUAAUAUUAUUUAUUUUCAUAAUGAAUCAAGAACGCGUAGAAUCACAACGUUGCGCCAUUUGCAAUCAGCAAACCAGUAAAAGAUGUACUCGUUGUCUCAGUGUCUACUAUUGUAACAAAGAACACCAACGGCAAGACUGGAAAAGACACAAAAGUGAAUGUAAGCUCGAGGAAUCCAAAAAAGGAUCAAAAAUUGUUAAAGCAGGUGAACAUUCGAUAAAAAACGAAGAAAGUGUCAAAAAUAGAGUAGAAAUCUCCUUCCAAACUAUAGAAGAUAGUUCAGUAAAAGAAGUUCCAAAAGGGAGUAGUGCAAACGAAAUUAGACGUUCCAAAAGAUCUAAAAAAAAAAACGUGAAAGAAGUGGGUAAGGAGCGUGACACAGCGUCAGUUGAUAAACAUAGUUCGCAAAUUUCUACUGAGAACGUUAAAAGUGAAAGUGGCGCAUCCGAGCCCUCAGGACACGAAGACAGUAGUGUUAUUUUUAGUGUAGUGUAUGUAGCUAAGGAUUUGUCCAAAGGUAGGGCCAUAACUUACGAGGGGUCAUCUGAGCAGGAAAUAUUGAGCGAGUCCGAUCAACAGCUGAGUACUUUGGAUUUCUCAGGACCUAGUUCAUCAAAUGUAUUGAGGACAGUGAAUAGAGGUGACGACAUAAUGCCUGUAUCACCUUCAUAUAGUACAGAAGAUGGUGCAAAAAUGAGUGUCUACCAGGAGGCGUCACUGAAGGGUAGUGGUGCUCCAUUCUUCUACACGCCCAGCAGCUAUGACAUGGACCUUGGUGAUGACCGGUUUUCAGUUUGUCAUAGACUCAUCAGUGAUAUGACACAGUAUGGUGUGUGUGUUUUGGACAAUUUCCUCGGUAAAGAAAAGGGCUUGUUCGUGUUAGAUGAAGUCAUAAAGAUGCACCAAUCAGGAAUAUUCAGAGCGGGACAGGUAGUGUCCAAUCCGGGAACGGAUGCACAGACCAUCCGGAGCGAUCAAACCACGUGGAUUGAUGGAAAGGAGCCUCAUUGUUAUUACAUCAAUUACUUAAUUUCUCAGGUGGAUAAUAUCGUACUGAGGGCCAACAAGAUGCCAGGAAAUGGAAAAAUGGGCGACUUCACGAUCAACGGCAGAACAAAGGCCAUGGUAGCGUGUUACCCUGGCUCCGGUAGCCAUUAUGUAAAACACGUGGAUAACCCAAAUAAGGACGGACGGUGCAUCACAGCCAUAUACUACCUCAACCGAAACUGGGAUGUGAAUCGGUGUGGAGGAUUACUCAGGGUAUUUCCUGAAGGUACAAAUCAAGUAGCGGAUAUAGCGCCUAUCUUUGACAGAAUGCUGUUCUUCUGGUCGGAUAGGCGGAAUCCUCACGAGGUGCAGCCUGCAUAUCAAACCAGAUACGCCAUCACUCUAUGGUAUUUCGACUCUCAAGAACGGGAGGAGGCGCAAAGACGUUUUAAAAAUAACGCCGUUCCUUCAUCGAGCGAGUGAUGUCGGACUGUUUCGAGAUAUACGCCUCAAAAAGGGGAUAGUGCUUCACUGUGAUCUUUCACUCAUUAAGUUCUACUUACCCUUGCAUCGUGCACCUAUUUCAAUCCACUUCAAUGAAGAAGUUGCACUAUUUAGUCACUUAGAAAAAUGACUUUUUACACUUAAGUAUAAACAAUUGGUUUUUUAGUUAGUUACGCUAAAGUGAGUGUUUCUCAAUAACUAAAUAUCCUUAGUUAUAGCCAACCUGGCUGUUUUGUCUAAUUAAUUAUAUUUUUUUAUAUACCCAAUAAAAAAAAAAUGUUUGAUUGUUUUAGGCGGGAACGCAUAUUUGAAACGAUGACAGCUGUCAGAUUCUAUUGUAUGUAUUACUCUGUGCUUAAAAUUAAUGUUUUAAAUAUAUAUUUAUUGUAAAUAAUUCUAACAAAACCUUCUUGAUUUAUUUUUGACGAUGGCAUGACACUUUUAAAUUGACUUAAUUUUAUUUUGUUUCAUUUUGACAGUUCAAUACAGUAUAUAUAAGGUAAUUAGCCGAAUUUGACAGUUAUCAUCCAAUAAAUACGGGACUAAGAAUCUUAGACUAAAUAGAGAUAGCAAUACAAGAGAGCAGAAUUGAUGCCAAUAAAUACCUUUAGUGAAGACAUAUCUCUAUCUCGUUGUUACUGCUAAGAGCGAGUGGGAUAGAGAAUAAACUGAUGCAUCCAUCUCUACUACACUCUUCCUAUCGUCUACUCCUUGCUAUUACUAUUUGGGUGUAACCGAGAUCAAUGAUGCUGGUUUUUAUUGCUUCAUUUUCUUAUUUGGUUUUUACAACGUCCUCUCUGUUUGUUUGUAAGUUUCUUGAACAAUAUGGGUUGAUGUAAAAUUGUGUUAGGUAACUUUGAAAAUAUUGAUUAUUGAACAACAAACGAUUUUUAUAAUUCGCUAUGAAUGUAGUCAACGUUCAAAUGAUCGCACGAAUUGUUGGAAAAAUCUAUAUUUACCAUAAAUUUUGUAAACACCUUAGUUGAUAACUUGUCAAUGCAGUUACGGUUGUAUAGAUGCCUGCUUAUUUCUAGUUUGAAUAGAUUGUCUUGUGAUGUAUCUCAACAUUAGAUAGUGAAAUUAAGAAAACAUAAUUAUGGAUGAAUGGAAUAUCUACCAGGCCAUGGCUUUACAAAGAGCAUAAAGCAUAUAUCAAUCCUUUUUAAACUAUCCAAAUAUGAAAUAAAAAAAAAUAUACAAAUUGAGGCGGGAAUUUGAAUUUAGAAUCCUAAGACCGCAGACAAGCGUCGACUGAUAUAAUAAUGACUUGACUACAUUUUUUAUUCAUAUAUUUUUUUUUAAUAAUAAAGUUACCCAGCAUAAUACACUUGCUAUAUAUGGUAGACAAUUAUAUUGCGAAUAUUGUUUUUUUUUUAAUACCAUAAUUUUGCAACUACACCGCUCGUGUAAUAGCGAACGGUCGCUUAGUUUGCGUAAUAGUCAUAUGUUUAAGUUAAUAUUAAUAAAAUAUAUAAUAUUGUAAUUGUUACAUUUGUAAAGGAGCCUUACAAGUAUUAUAUAAAUAAUUCGAUUGUGUUAACUUUAGUUCCUUAAGGGUCCGCUGAUGUUUUGCGUUGUUUAUAACACUGUUUAAAAAUAAUACAUACUUUAGAUUUUACAAUAUUUAUUUAAUGUAUAAUGACGUCUCCUCUAAUAAAUAUUUACUUUGAUAUGUUUCUUCUAUUCUUUGAUAAAACGGCGACUAUGCUGAUAUGAAUUGAUAAAUAUUGUAAAUAUUUCAUAGAGAUCUUGUUUACUUUUUUUUCUGUUCUUUUUUUUUAUUUUAAAUUCAAUUGUUAAUAUUCAGAUAUGUAGUUGCUAUAUAAAUAUUUAUUUACAUAUUUAUUUCAGUCUUCUCAAAUGUUAUGUUUGUUUUAAUAUAUUUAUUUAUUGCAAUAUCAUAUCGUGUUUCUACCGUGAAGCAGCUGUUUGCAUGGCUGUGUUUCAGUUUGAAGGGUGGGAUAUGGCGUGAAUUUACAGGGUACAGAGGAAUAACACCUGAGUCCUCAGGAAUGGCAACGCGUGGGGGGUAUCAUGGGCGAAACAGUAUACUCUGUUAUGUCCAUAGUACUGCUCAUGUCUAUAGGCGACGGUUACCACUUUCCAUCAGGUGGACUGUCAGCUUGUUUGCCAUUCUAAGCUGCAUAAAAAAAAUUAUAUUGUGCAAACUAGACGUAUGCCUUCCUACUGUUUGACCGAUCACACCCUUGUCCAAUAGUAAUAUUUAUAUUAUUUAUUUUUAUUUAUUAACUACUUAAGCAGCAAUUAACAACAGCGGACGCCAACGUGUGCAUGGCUCAAGACUGAAUAAGACCUUGCUGCUUGUAUAUGAGGUUUUUUUUUUAUAUUUAUAAAAUUGUAUCCAAUCCACCAAUGUAUAUAACGAAUUAUUACAUUAACUGUUUAAGAUUAUUGUGAUUUAUUGAUUAUAUGUAGUUAUACAGGUCAGUCAUAAAAGGUAUAACAACAAAAAAAGAUAAUUAAAAACAAAAAUUACAAUUUGUGCAUAAAAUUAAAAAGAAAAUGUCGCCUGCGGCAUAUUGUACCUCAUCUAUUCAAUUUCUCUCGUGCUUUAUUUUAACGCAGCAUGAGCGAAGUGGAAUACUUAGUUUAAAUAUGAAAUUAAGUUUAAAAAAAUUAUAAAAAACAUUUAUCCACGUUCAACUACAAACGUCAUUGAUUAAUUAGAAUAUAAUUUUUUUUUUAGUGCACUCGUAAUUUUUUUUUCUCCAUAUAUCUUUUUUUUUUAAUAUGAAUGAAGUAUCUUGAUAUUUAUGAAUUAGAAUAAGUUUCUUGUGUUGUUGUUGAUUUUUUUUAUUUAAGGAAUAUAGUCCACUAUAUACUCCUUAAAAAAAGCUUAAAAAAUACCCUUUUUUUUUGUCUAAUCCUGUAUAAUUUAAUCUUUUUGCGAUUUGAUGUCUUAUAAUUUGCAUUAUGAAAUAUUUUCAAGUCUUGUAUCAUUGUGUACAUACACAAUUUAGCUUGAUGAGAAUAUCUACAAAUUAAAUAUAAGAAGAUAUUUAUGGUGGGUGUAAAUUGUGUAAAAAAAAUACUAUAGUAUUGAAUUUUAUACAAAUUUUAGAUAAAUGAUUGUAUAGAUAAGAAUUUACCCCUUGAUUAAAGUUUUUAAUUAUAAGUAUUUUAAUAAUUACUUUUGUGAUCCAUACAGUAAGAUGCGGUCAAAUAAUUGUAGAAACCUUGUGUCGGUAUACCUCCUUGUGUAUUUGUACAAUUUGCUUUCACAACCGAGUUACAACACUUGAAAAGGUUCAAAUCUAAAUCGUUUCUAUUGAGAUAUUGCAUAACAGUCGCAUGACUGUAAGAUACAUUGUCAAGGAAUACAAUAUUAAGCUAAUUAAAACUACCUAUAAAUUCCUCUCCCACCGACUCUAAAGUCGGCGCCAGAUGUUUUAACGUGUACUGAUGCCUUUAUCAGGUAGUGAUUAUCCUGUAUCGCAUGUCUCUGUGCCUAUACUACCCUGUGUCUGUACUAUAGUAAAAUCACUUCGACUAUUUAGUUUCGGUUUGUGAUAAAAAUAUAAUUUAAUUCACUAACUUCCUAUUUUCUCAACAACAACAAAGAACUAUUUCUUCGAUUUUUCAACUAUACUACUUACAACUAGAUACUGUUUCAGUCUUUACACACAUGUUCAAAUUAUACCUUUUUUUUUUAAUAUUGGCAAAGUGCUGGUGAUGUCCAUCAUGCCAAUAACAAACAAGAAACGAGACGGGAUAUUAAAAAGGAACGGUUAAGGAUUUUGGUAUUAGUGAUAAAGUAUUACGUACCUCAUAAUCUAAGGUUCGAAUACUCGUGCCACUCCUUGCGACUUUAUGCUCUGUUUUUACAUAUUUAUUUAAUCAUGUUCUGGCGCCGAUUUUAGAACAGUUCUUUCUAUGUUGAUCCGCAUCUCUACUCAUUAGGUUUUACAUUGCUGUAUUCAUAUCUUUGUUAAUAUUUAAAAGCCGUGUUUAUUGAGAAGUCGACUAAUCUAUAUUUUAUGACCAAUGCAAAUAUAAAAUAAUGUCAUUUAAUAA